AUGUCGAUGUCUAAGAGUUCGAAGAUGCUCCAAUACAUCAACUAUCGGAUGAGGGUUCACAUCCAAGACGGCCGUCAACUGGUCGGCAAAUUCAUGGCUUUCGAUCGACACAUGAAUCUCGUUCUCGGCGACUGCGAAGAGUUUCGCAAAUUGCCUCCGACCAAGGGUUCCAAAACUAAAGAGGAACGCGAAGACCGGCGCACUCUCGGCCUAGUUCUGCUCAGGGGCGAAGAGGUUAUCUCCAUGACCGUAGAGGGGCCACCUCCUCCUGAUGAGUCCCGGAUUAAGACUACCUCCGGCGCCGCCGCUCCUCCUGGACCUGGGAUUGGUCGUGCUGCUGGUCGUGGUGUUCCCACUGGCCCUCUUGUCCAGGCACAGCCUGGUCUUGCCGGCCCCGUUCGCGGUGUUGGUGGUCCAGCUGCCGGUAUGAUGCAGCCUCAGAUUUCCCGGCCACCGAUGCCGCAGGUCUCUGCGCCUCCCAUGUCUUAUCCGCCUCCCCAGCAACAGCCACCGGUGGUCAGACCUCCGGGGCCAAUGCCACCACAACCUAUGCCCCAGAUGGCCAGAGGGCCUGUUCCUAUCCCCCCACCCCAUUUUAGGCCUGGUGGUCCACCUGCGCCUGCUCCUUUCCCGCCUCAGUUUGGACAGAGGCCCCUGGGUCCUCCAUCUCAGUUCCGACCAGGGGUUCCUCCACCACCCGGCCCACCCAGGCCUGGAAUGCCUGGACCUCCUCCUCCUCAGCCUCCACGUCCUGGCAUGCCACCCGCGCCUGGAAUGUAUGCUCCUCCUCGCCCUGGAAUGCCUCCCAAUGGCCCCCCACAGAACCAACAGUAA